UCGGCGUCGGACGACCGGUCCUACCGCGUCGUGCGCCUCGCCAACGGCGUCACGUGCGCGCUCGUGAGCGACCCCGCGGGCGAGAAGGCGGCGGCGGCGCUCUCCGUCGGCGUCGGCGCCUACGCGGACCGCAAGGACCGCGCGGGGCUCGCGCACUUCCUCGAGCACAUGCUCUUCCAGGGCACGGCGACGUACCCGGCGGACAACGCGUACAAGGAGUACGUCGCGACGCACGGCGGGAGCACGAACGCGUCGACGUCGGGCGAGCUCACGACGUUCCAGUUCGACGUCGUCGACGGCGCCUUCGAGGGCGCGCUGGACCGCUUCGGGCGCUUCUUCUCCGAGCCGCUGCUCGCGGAGUCGUGCGUCGACCGCGAGAUGCACGCCGUCGACGCCGAGCACUCGAAGAACCUGCAGGACGACGGCCGCCGCGCCUACCAGGUGCUCCGGCUGUCCGCGUCGCCGGCCCACUCGUUCUCCAACUUCUCGACGGGGUGCCUGGAGACGCUGCGCUUCGACGGCGUCCGCGACGCGCUCCUCGAGUUCUGGCGCGACCGCUACGACCCGGCCAUCGCGACGGCGUGCCUCGUGGGCCCGCGGAGCCUCGAGGACCUGGAGGAGCUG